AUGGGCGGUAAAGCGAAGAAAAAAGGCAAAGGCGAGGGCGGAAACGGUGAAAAAGCGGAUGAGGGAGCAACCGGUGAAGCUUCUGGGGCCGGAAAUGGUGGCGGAGCCGGCGGAGGGGACGAGGAAGAAGGAGCCGACGAGGAGGAAGCGGAAGCCAAACCGAAAAAGGGCAAGGGCAAGAAGGGCAAAGGCAAGGGCGGAAAAUCGUCCAAAUUCCAGGGCGAUCUGUUCAGCGAGGCCGCCAUGGAGAAUGCCUACUACGUUUGUCACAAUAUUCAGGAUGUUCUGAAAUCGCGCGGCUUCGCGUGGCCCGAUGGACAGAAAAAGAAAAAGAAAGGCAAAAAGUAA